CUGACGAGACGCUGCUAAGUGGUUCAGGCUGCCGCUCUUUUUUCUUCUCAGCCCCGGAUGAUUGGUUGUCAACGUGAUGUCGAGUGCCCCCAAGAAGACCAACGAGCCCAACGGUGUCAAUUUCUUAGGAGAUACUUAACAAUAAACAACCUUUUCCAGAAAAAAGAAACGACUAUGACCUUCAGACACAAAAAUGCAAAACGAAUUGAAGGGCUUGACAGCAAUAUAUGGGUGGAAUUUACCAAGUUAGCUGCGGAUCCCUCUGUUGUUAAUCUUGGACAAGGCCUUCCAGAUAUAUCUCCUCCUAACUACUUAAAAGAAGAGUUGGCAAAAGCAGCCUUUGUGAAUAGGUUAAAUCAGUACACACGUGGUUUUGGACACCCAUUGUUGGUGGAGGCCUUGUCCCAAGUGUAUGGAAAGGUCUGUGGAAGAAAGAUUGACCCGUACACUGACAUCCUGGUGACAGUAGGAGCAUAUGGAUCUCUAUUUAGUGCAAUGCAGGGACUCAUUGAAGUAGAAGAUGAAGUGAUAAUAAUAGAGCCAUACUAUGACUGUUACGUGGAUAUGGUGAAGAUGGUAGGAGCAAAACCUGUGUGUAUUCCUUUGAGAUAUAAACCUGCAGCUGGAGGAGAUGUUGCCUCUAGUGCUGACUGGGUCUUGGAUCCUGCUGAACUUGCAAGUAAAUUUAAUUCCAAGACAAAAGCUAUUGUACUGAACACCCCUCACAAUCCUAUAGGAAAGGUCUAUACAAAAGAAGAGCUCCAGAAAAUUGCUGAUCUCUGUAUUAAGCAUGAUAUCCUGUGCAUCAGUGAUGAAGUGUAUGAAUGGAUGAUAUACAAUGGAAAGAAGCACAUUAAAAUAGCUACUUUGCCUGGAAUGUGGGAAAGAACAGUAACUAUAGGAAGUGUUGGAAAAACAUACACUGUAACAGGCUGGAAGCUUGGAUGGUCCAUUGGUCCCCAGCAUCUAAUAAAACAUUUGCAAGUUGUUCAGCAAAAUACACUCUAUACGUGUCCAACUCCAUUACAGGAGGCUGUGGCACAAGCUUUUCUGAUAGACUUCAGACGCAUGGAUGAGUCAGACUGCUACUUCUGCUCUCUGCCUAGGGAAUUGGAGGGCAAGCGGAACCACUUGGCUCGGAUGCUGCAGGAAGUUGGACUGAAACCUGUCGUUCCAGAGGGAGGAUACUUCAUGAUUGUUGAUGUAUCCAUGCUAAAUGUAGAUGUAUCAGACAUGGAAGAGAACAAGCCAUAUGAUUAUAAAUUUGUGAAAUGGAUGAUAAAAAAUAAGAAGCUGGCAGCUAUCCCCCUCACUGCAUUUUGUAGUCCAGAGACCCAAGAGAAGUUUGAGAAGUAUAUACGGUUUUGCUUCAUCAAAGAAGACAGCACAUUGGAUGCAGCAGAAAAGAUAUUGAAGAACUGGAAGAAACAUUAAUCAAGAAGUUAACUUCUGCUAGUUUUUAUGGAUGUCUGUACAUAUGCUUGUACAUUUAACACCAACCAGAUUUACAGUGAAAUCCUAAGCACAGUGACUCCAGUCUAAGCCCAUUGCAGUCAAUGGGCUUAGACUGGAGCCUCUCUACUUAGGAUUUCAUUUUUCAUGAACCUUCUUUAAAUUUCACCAUGCUGCCACCUGCUGGACAUUCAAUAAUAAUAAUGUAAAAAGAGGUUGCUUUUGAUGUCUUGCCAUAUAGUAUUUUUAAAAACAUCAACUGGAAUAAUUCUGCUUUACUUUAGUUUUUUUAAAAACAGGGUUUCAGUGAAAUAUAUGCAGACUGUAUCCAUUGGAUCUCAGUCCAGUGUGUGCAUCUGCACAUGCUCUUAAUUUAUUUUCUACACAGCUUUUGUUUGAAUAGCAGCUCUUCUGCAUGCUCAGCAGAAGCAGACUGUAUGAGUGCUUUGACUGCUGGAUGUGCAGACAAGGUCCUUGCUGUACUAUACUGUGCCAGGCAAGCCCAUGGCAAACUGGUGAGGAGACUUAGGGGCAAUCUUGCCCAAUGCCCUUUUCCAGCUACUUUUAGUACUAUAGUCAGUUUUAAUCUGAUCUCCAACUAAUUUGAUCUCCAACUCCAACUAAGAGAAUUUGAUUUUCAUAGGAUUCUGUUUAGUGGAUUAUCUUCUAGUGGGAUUGCAGAGCCUGGUAGGAUGGAAAUAAACUUGAUGUAAUGUGAAACUAAUCGCUUACCUCUCUCUGCUUUUUAAAAAAAGGUUUGUUAAACAUUUGCAGAGAAGUGUACUAAGAAGGCUAUGCGCAAAAAAAUGUUUUUAAAUGUUUUCCAAACACCCCCCCCCCAUUUGUAAUAUUUAAACGUUGUUUUGGAGAUGUGGACUCAGAGCAUCCAGUGCAGGAGCACUGCAUCUGAUAAAUGCAUUCUGAAUAAAUUUAAACAAAUCUUUUAUUAAAGCAUAAAUGUCAGGAUACAUUUGAACAGUAAUUAAAUUUAAAUGUCAUGUAAUGUAGUUACAUGACAUCUCUUCAAUAUAUUCAUGUACAUAACUGUAUUGCAAUUUCAGUGACAAUCAGGCUGAGAGAAAUGUCAUCUGUUGCCUUCUGAUUGGUUCAGUAAAAUGAUAGUGCUAUUUUAAAGGGCAGAUAUGUUAAUGAAUUAAAAUACAAAUGCACUUUUAAUAUAGUAGCCAUCAAAAGACUUAACUGGAAUGAAUGAGAAAUCAAAUAUAUUAACACAGACAAUCACGAGAGUUGUCAAAUCAUGCAGUUUUAUUUCAUCAGUUGCAUGGGAAAUGACUAUGGAGGAGACUAGACAGUGCUUUAGAUGAUAAGAGCUAAAACAUGGCAAAAUGUGUAAAUAAGAUCACCUGCACUGCAAUUGUAAGUAUAGUUGCAUCCUUCUAAGUCCACUGAAGUCAAAUGGGCUUAGAAUGUUAUAACUUUUCUUAGGCUUGUGCUUUUAUUUGCUUUUGCAGCAAAGCAAAUAGGAUAUAAACUGAACCACUAGAUAGGAUUUCCCCCUCACAAUUUAUAGUUGCAUUUUAGAAUAACGAUAAUUGAGAAUCUACUGUAUAUUGUCUUUUUUUGCAAAGUUGUUUGACAACUCAUUAAAAUGAAAUUGCCAAAAAUCUUAAA